AUGGAGGUGUCUGCUUUGCUUUUUUGCCAGGGGUGUGCCCCAUGGCAGGGGCUUCUGCUCACAGUCUCCCUUUUAGCCUGCUGGCACCUGUCUACCACUUCUGAAGUCACCAUUGAAUUAGUGCCACCACAAGUGGUUGAAGGGGAAGAUGUCCUUUUCCUUGUCCGUAAUCUGCCAGAAAAUCUUACAGCUUUUGUCUGGUCUAAAGGGAGGACAAAUAGGAAACGUGGAAUUGCACUCUAUACAGUGGCCUCUGAUAUACAUGUACACAGUGAUAGAGAGACAUUGUAUAGCAAUGGAUCCCUGAUGAUCCACAAUGUCACCCAGAAGGACAGAAAUUAUUAUACUCUACGAACCUUCAAUAAACAUGCAGAAACUGUAUCAACAACAUCCACAUUCCUCCAUGUGAACCUCUUCCUUUGGAACUGUGGGCGCUUUGUUACCUCUUCCCAGCCCAGUAUUGAAUCACUGCCCUCCAUCGUUGCUGAAGGGCAACAAGUUAUUCUACAUGUUCAUAAUAUCCCAGAGAAUCUUCAAGGCUUUGCAUGGUUCAAAGGGAUGACGGUGUUCAGGCACCUUGAGAUUGGCCGAUACAUAAUAGGCAGGAAUUCCAGUGUGUUUGGGCCUGCGUACAGUGGUAGAGAGAAACUGUACAGUGAUGGAUCCCUGCUGAUUGAAAACGUCACUCAGAAGGAUGCCGGACUGUACACCCUACGAGUUCUGGGUACGGAUAUGAAGAGUGAGGAAGCACAUGUAGAAAUCCAAGUUGCUGAUUCCCCUUUUCAGUGCUGUAACCCUACCACCUCUUCCAAACUCAUGGUUGAAGCAGUGCCCCGGUAUGCUGCUGAAGGGGAAAGUGUUCUUCUCCUCGUCCAUAAUCUGCCAGAAGAGCUGAUAUCCUUUACCUGGUACAACUCCAUGUAUAGGGUCCCAACCUUUAAAAUUGUGGAGUACCACGUAAUCUGGAAUAUCACCACCUGGGGGGAUGCAUACAGAGGAAGAGAUACAGUGUACGCCAGUGGAUCCCUGCUGCUCCAGAAUGUCACUGAGGAAGAUGCAAGAAUGUACACACUAGAAACUUUAAACGUUAACUACACAGUUCAAAGAGCACGUGUGCAGUUUUAUGUAAACAAGCCUGUGACACAACCCUUUGUGCUAAUCACUGACACCACAGUCAAUGUACACAGAUCUGUGACCUUUACUUGCGUUACACCUGACAUUGGAAUCUCCAUCCUUUGGUUCUUCAAUAGCCGCAAUCUACAGCCCACAGAAAGGAUGACACUGUCUCCAACGAAGUGUGGACUCCGAAUAGAUAAUGUCAGAAGUGAAGAUGCUGGAGAGUACAGGUGUGUGGUUACCAACCGAGCCGGUGAUGCAAAGGCCAGUCAACCUGUCAGGUGGCCAUGA